AUAUAUAAAGAGAAUUGUGGUUGUUAAUGAGAGACACAUUUCUCUUAACUCAAAUCCAUCUAUUUCAUACUAAUGCCAAAAUUCCAAACAUCUAAUCCAACUUCUCUCUCUGAUCAAUCUCCAAAUCUUCAUAUGCAAAUCCCCUAAUCGAAUGUCUUACUCACAAUUGUAUGUUCACCUCUCCAUUAUUGAUUUUUUUUAUUUAACAUAUAUAGAGAUUUGUUGUAAUUGCACUCGAACCAAAACAAUAAAACAUUUGUUAUUUCAAAACCCUUUUCCAAGACGAAAAAGAAAACCCAUUUCCAUAGCUAACCUAGUGUGAAUUUUGUUUUCUCAGAUUUAACCUCCUCAAACGGUGAAAUGGUAGGAUUAAUUUAUCAAAAACUUACCUAUACGGGUUUUAUUUCACUUAUGAUAAAACGAUUCGGCCCAUUAACCCAUUUUGUUUUUCUGCUAACCCAUUGGCCCAUUUAGAAUUAAAGAAUCAUCUGAUUUAGUCAUUUCGAUGGUUUUCACUUAAACCCUAGUCUAGUCAUUUCUCAGACUCUGACCUCACUGAUCUCCAAUGGCGAAAACCCUAGCUCGCUCCACAGCGUCACGCAUCACCAAGCGCUUAAUCUCCACCUCCGGAGCCACCACUCCUUCCCCUUCUUAUAUCCUCUCCCGUCGAUCAACCCCGGUGUUCUCCCAUGCCGUCGGAUUCAUCUCUUCCUUGAAUCGUUUCACAACGAUUCGAACUCGAAUGGAUAGGUCCGGUGGAUCGUACUCUCCUCUAAAAUCCGGUUCGAAUUUCAGCGACCGAGCACCCACUGAGAUGGCGCCGUUGUUUCCUGGCUGCGAUUAUGAGCAUUGGUUGAUUGUAAUGGACAAACCUGGAGGCGAAAACGCUACUAAGCAGCAAAUGAUUGAUUGUUAUGUUCAAACCCUAGCUAAAAUUAUCGGCAGUGAGGAAGAAGCUAAGAAGAAGAUUUAUAAUGUAUCGUGUGAAAGGUAUUUUGGAUUUGGUUGUGAGAUUGAUGAAGAGACAUCAAACAAACUUGAAGGACUUCCUGGUGUUCUCUUCAUUUUACCAGACUCUUAUGUUGAUCAAGAGAACAAAGAUUACGGAGCUGAGCUGUUUGUGAAUGGAGAAAUAGUUCAACGUCCUCCAGAGAGACAGAGAAAGAUCAUUGAGUUAACGACCCAGAGAACCAAUGAUAAACCAAAGUACCACGACAAGACCAGAUAUGUCCGAAGAAGAGAGAACAUGCGUUGAAUCCAAAUCUGAUAUCAGACCAUACAGAAGUUGUUGUUCAAUGUUCAUGUGUCUGCAAGCAACAGAUGUUUUCUGUUUUGAGGUCUCUCUCUCCUUAUGUAAUGGCUUUGUAGUUUGGAUUUUAGAACUUGGAAUUGGCUAAAACUAUUAUCAUUGCAUAUACAUAAUUUGGCCUUUGAACUAUGGUUUUCUCGAAUUAUGAAAAUAAAACCAAAUCAUUGAAUUGGUGAGGCCCAUUGGUGAGUAUAUUUAGGUAACACCGGUUAUUUCCAAU